CGCAUUUUGCAUCCUUUGAGCGGGACAGCGUUUGUUUAGCUAAUGCUAAUGCUAAAAGUUGCUUGUUUCUUUUUACUUAACAGACAUGGCGUUUCACAUGGACGCUGACUUACCACCUGGUCUUGCGUGUCUCAAAAAUGUUGAUACCCUGCUUCGGUGUCCCAUUUGCUUUGACUUUCUCAACAUUUCCAUGAUGACUAAAUGCUCCCAUAACUUUUGCUCCUUGUGCAUCAGGAAAUUCUUUUCCUAUAAGUUGCAGUGCCCUGUUUGCAAUGUGGAAGCAACAGAGCAAGAUUUAAGAAACAACCGUUUACUGGAUGAAUUGGUCAUAAGCUUUCAAACUGCAAGGCAGCAGUUGUCAAAAACAACUUUUGAGUCUCCCCCAAUAUCACCGAAGACUCCGGCAUCAACUGUCAAAUGCAAGACUCCCAGAGAAAAGGGCCAGAAGACUAACAGCUCUGUUUUGAGUCACUUUUUCCAAAAGAAGCCCAAAGUAUCACCUUGCAAAAAACCUGAGCAAGAUACCAGUCUGUACGUGAAGGAAGAGCCAAUGGAUGUAGAGGCGGUGCCUGUCUACAGUUUGAUCCCAGUCAAAAAAGAGGAUACAGACUUGUGUAGUAUUGGAGAUGAAACAGCGCAUUCCUCAACACCAUUAAAAGACAGAAAGCCUACUGUCAAAGUGGAGUGUCCUGUCUGUUCUGUGAAUGUGCCACAGAAUUUCAUAAACAAGCAUCUGGACACAUGCCUCACCAGAGGAGAGAAAAAGGGCAGCUUAAGAGGCGCCGUUGAAAGCAGAAGACAUCCAUUGCCCAAGCUUGUAUACAACCUGCUUUCCAUGCAGGAACUUAAGAGAAGGCUCAAACAGUGCCAUCUCUCGGUGCAGGGUUCUCGAGACCAGUUAAUCAAAAGGCACCGGGAGUUUGUCCACAUUUAUAACUCUCAGUGUGACUCUCUCAACCCCAAAUCAGCUGAAGCCAUAGCCAAAGAAGUGGAGGCCAAUGAGAAGAUCAGGAAUCAAUUGAUGGGGAAAGCAAAACCUGUCCUGGUUUUCUCGAAGAACCAGUCAGAGAAGGAGAUUGAUGAAAUGCAUUCAAAUUAUAGGAAGCAGCACAGCAGCGACUUCUCCCGUCUGAUUGCCCAGGUCCGAGGUCGCCUGGAAACAAAAAGGCAGACUUGUAUGAAAAGGGAAACAAAUGAUGAGGAGAGUGAACACACUACACGCUCUGCAGAUGACAUGACGGACUCAAAGAGCUCCUUAGUGCUGAAGUUAGAAGACAGAGCAGCUGAUGAGGAGCCAGCUUCAAGAGAGAUUUUACUGUCAUCCAGCCCUACAUAUAGUGAUGUGUCUAUCAGCAGAGAUCCAGAGAAGACUUUGGUCCAAGAGGUACCAUCCAGUCUCAGACGAGCGGGUGCAUCUUUGUCACCUGCCAGUGGAAAACGACGCCGUAAAACAUAAGGAGAGAUAAAAAAAAAACCACACACAUGGAAGGAGAUGGAGACCUUGCCUUCUAAAUCGAUACUAAUAAAAGUUUGACUGACUUUGGUGUAGAUCAUAAAGUGACUGAUUUGCACAUUUUUCUGCAUUCCUUUGUAAUAUCACACAGUUGCACUGUUUGUGUAUCAUAGAAUGAAUAUUUGUUUUUUGGGGGGGUUUCUGUACUUUUAGUAGUGUUGUGGUCCAGAAUGAUGUGGCCUUCAGUGUUUUUUCAGGCCUGAGUCUACCUCAGAAGAUUUAAAUCUGUCCUUGAACAACACUGGUGGACAGGAUUUAGUGUCUGUAAAUCUAGACGCUACGUAUAAAAGUAGAAAAUCUGCAGUGAGCGUCCUUGUUAAUAUCAAGUAUUGCUGCUGGUUUCCCUAUAUAUUGUGUCUUUUUUUAAUUUUAUUGUCUUUGAUGAAUUUUCUAUUUUUAUGAACUUCAAUUUAAACUAAAAUAAAUACACUAGUUUGAGCACUUUUUAA